UUCACAAAGUUGGGGGAAAAAGGCCAUUGUUAGGUUCUCUCUCUCUUUUGAGAAGAAAAAGAAGAAGAAGAAGAAGAUGGCUAUGAUGCUCCGCUCCUUAUCGUCCUCCGCAUGCCGAAGGGUCCGAUCUCUGUCAUCGAUAUCUGGAAUCUCAUCGCCGGCGAUCUCCUUCUCUUUCUCCGCCGCUUCGAUUCGAGAGACUUCACCGUCAUCGGCAGCGCCUCGAUACUUAUCAUCCUCCUCGGAGAAGGGUCAUCAUAUUCGAGUCUUCAACUGGGGCCUCUCUUUGACACGCUCAUUCAGUGCGAUCAGUACCACAAGCCAGUUGCCUCACAUAACGGACCCUGAUAUAGAAUCUGCAUUCAAGGAUUUAAUGGCUAUGAGUUGGGAUGAAAUUCCUGACUCUGUGAUCAAUAAUACAAAGAAGGCAUUGGCCAAGGCUACCGAAGAUAAGGUUGGCCAGGAGGCAUUGGCAAAUGUUUUUCGUGCAGCUGAAGCUUCAGUGGAGUUUGGUGGUGUUUUAGUAUCUCUGAGAAUGGCACUUGAUGAUCUCAGUGGAUUAACUGGCGAGAAUGUUGGACCGUUGCCAGGGUAUCUAGAAGAUGCCAUGAAAGCUGCAUAUAACCGCUAUGUGAAGUAUCUUGAUUCUUUUGGUCCUGAUGAGGCCUAUCUGCGCAAAAAGGUUGAAAGCGAGUUGGGAACUAAAAUGAUUCACUUGAAGAUGAGAUGUAGCGGUAUUGGUUCUGAGUGGGGAAAGGUUACCCUCCUUGGAACCUCUGGCAUUUCCGGGUCCUAUGUCGAGCAGAGAGCAUAAUGCGAACAGCUAUUUGUAUCUGAAGCAUCUUUUUUGUUGGUUAAUAAUUCAGUUUUAUUUGCUUCCUGCAAAUUUUCAAGUAACAUUUGGUGCUCAGGCACAUUUUCUUAAAUGAAUAAUAAUACGGUUGUGCUGUUCAGAGUUUCAAAAGCGCUGUCUGUGUGGGCUUUUAUGGAUUCUAAUGAUGUUGAGCAGCUGCUUUUUGAAACGAAAACUGCAGUGUUGCCAUGUUUUGGUUUCUGCAGACUGCUGUACUAUGUAUUUUAUGUGCAAAAGUUGAAGUAGCGUAUUUGGGUCUUUUCUA